CGGGCCUGUAGCGCGCGCGGAGCGGAGGGCGGCGGCGGCUGGCACCGUGCUGGGCCCGCGCUCCUUCCUUCCUUCCUUCCUUCCUUCCUUCCUUCCUUCCUUCCUUCCCGCGCAGGAGCGGCCAUGCCGCCGCCGCGCCGCAGCAUCGUGGAAGUGAAGGUGCUGGACGUGCAGAAGCGGCGGGUGCCCAACAAGCAUUAUGUUUACAUCAUCCGGGUCACGUGGUCCAGCGGCUCCACCGAGGCCAUUUACCGGCGCUACAGCAAGUUCUUCGACCUUCAGAUGCAGAUGCUGGAUAAGUUUCCCAUGGAAGGUGGUCAGAAGGAUCCCAAACAGCGGAUCAUCCCUUUUCUGCCAGGGAAAAUCCUUUUCCGCCGCAGCCACAUCCGGGAUGUAGCUGUCAAACGCUUGAUCCCGAUCGAUGAAUACUGCAAGGCCCUGAUCCAGCUGCCCCCCUACAUCUCCCAGUGUGACGAGGUGCUCCAGUUCUUUGAGACUAGGCCCGAGGACCUGAACCCUCCCAAAGAGGAACAUGUUGGGAAGAAGAAAUCUGGGGGCGACUUGGCCUCAGUGGACCCCAUGGUCCUGGAGCAGUACGUGGUGGUGGCUGACUAUCAGAAGCAGGAGAGCUCGGAGAUCAGCCUCAGUGUGGGGCAGGUGGUGGACAUCAUCGAGAAGAAUGAGUCAGGUUGGUGGUUCGUUAGCACCGCCGAAGAGCAAGGCUGGGUGCCCGCCACCUGCCUGGAGGGACAGGAUGGGGUGCAGGAUGAGUUUUCCCUCCAGCCGGAAGAAGAGGAGAAGUAUACUGUCAUAUACCCGUACACAGCACGUGACCAAGAUGAGAUCAACCUGGAGAGAGGGGCCAUGGUGGAGGUCAUUCAGAAAAACCUGGAAGGCUGGUGGAAGAUCAGGUACCAGGGUAAAGAAGGCUGGGCCCCAGCCUCCUACCUGAAGAAGAGCAGCGGGGAGCCCCCUGCCCCGAAGCCUGGCUCUUCUUCACCCACCUCUGGUAUCCUUGAGCUGGAUGGGGUCUCCCGGCAGCAGAACUCAACAUGUCGGGACAAGGAGCUGCUCAACAAUCAGAGGGACAGCCGGUUGGAAGGGCGCCUGGGACUUGAUGGUGACACUAAACACAGAUCACCCAGGAUGAGGCAGAGACCUCCCCCUCGCCGGGACAUGACCAUACCUCGAGGUGUGAACCUGCCCCAGCCGCCAGUGCCACCACAUGUGGAGGAGGAGUACUAUACCAUCGCUGAGUUCCAGACCACCAUUCCUGAUGGCAUCAGCUUCCAGGCUGGCCUGAAGGUGGAGGUGAUUGAGAAGAACUUGAGUGGCUGGUGGUAUAUUCAGAUGGAAGACAAGGAAGGGUGGGCGCCUGCCACCUUCAUCGACAAGUACAAGAAGACCAGCAGCGCCUCCAGGCCCAAUUUUCUGGCUCCACUGCCCCACGAGGUAACCCAGCUCCGCCUCGGGGACAUGGCUGCUGCUGACAUCAGGGGUGGUGAAGUCUUGGGUCCCUCCAGGCCCCUGCCUGAUGCCCCCCAUGGUGCUGUGGACCCCGGGCUGCCGUGGGCCAAAGAGUGGAAGGGUGGGAAAGAGUGUCCGCGGAAGGUGUCUGUGGACAUGUCCUUGUGUGCUGGCUAUGAAGAGAUCUCGAACCCCGACUUAGAGGAAAAGCCUAGCCUCCCGCCCCGAAAGGAGUCCAUCAUGAAGUCAGAGGGAGAGCAGCUGAGGGGCACCUCACCCAAGCCCCCUGGUGUCAUUCUGCCAGUGAUUCCCGCCAAAAAUGCACCCCCAGCCCGAGGCAGCAGGAGGCCCGAUUCCAAAGCGGACAAAGGCAAGAUGUUCCAGUUGAAAAAUGAGAUGGGACUGGAGUGUGGCCACAAGGUGUUGGCCAAGGAAGUAAAGAAGCCCCACCUCCGUCCUGUGUCCAAAAGCAAAGUUGAUACCCCAGAUGAGAAGCCGGAAACCACCCCCCCAAAUCCCUUCUUAAAGUCCAAACCUCAGGUUAGGCCCAAACCUGCACCUUGCCCCAGGACCGAGCCCCUUCAAGGCGAGGAUCCCGUGGACAUCUGCAAUCUCAGGAGCAAGCUCCGGCCAGCCAAGGCCCAGGACAAAUCCCUGCUGGACGGGGAGAAUGGCCCACAGGCUGUAGGGGCCCAGGAUGGGGCCCCUAGCCGCAACCUUGCCUCUGCUGAGGGGCCUUGUCGCCCACAGGACAGGAUGGCCAAAGUGGAUGGGCUCGGGCCCAGGGAGGGGGCCUGCAGAGUCCCUCCCAGGCCAGCUAAGGCCGCAGACCCCCUGCCCAAGAAUGUGCCUGUCCCUUUCCAAGAGGCACCUCAGCAGCGACCUGUGGUCCCACCCCGGCGUCCGCCACCCCCCAAGAAAACCUCAUUAUCCUCCAGGCCCUCAGCAGAGAUCAGAGGGCCACAGCGUGAAGCCAGUGAAGUCAGAGCAACUCCUGCCCUAGGCCCAGGCCCAGGUCGGGCCCUGCUAGUCCCUCCCAAAGCCAAACCUUUUCUCUCCAGCUCGUCGGGGGCUCCUGAGGACCUCCCAGGCAAAGGGGGGCUUGGGCCUCGGGGUCUGGGCAAGGUGGGAGAUAGCAGGGAAAAACUAACCACAGGACAUGUCCCCAGCACUGAUGGUCCAAAGGACUCAGUGUAUGUGGCCGUGGCCAACUUUGAGGGUGAUGAAGAUGCCAGCAGCUUCCAGGAGGGCACGGUGUUUGAGGCCCGGGAGAAGAAUGGCAGUGGCUGGUGGUUCUGCCAGGUCCUGAGUGGGGCACCCUCCUGGGAAGGGUGGGUCCCAUCCAACUAUCUCAGGAAAAAACCCUAGCCCUUGGCCACCCCAUAUCCGCACGCCAGCUUCACCCCCAUAUUUAAUAUGCCUCUUAACUUAUGGCUCUCCAAAGCAGCUACACAGGAAGGGAGACUUGAGGGGGCUGGUCCUAUGGUUUCUUCUCUCUGGGGACUUAUCCAGACACCACCACCCCCAGCACCCUCUGAAGGCUCAGAGGCCAUCAUGUCCCCACACUUCUCUCCACAUUCAUCCCUACCCACCAAUAAUCUGGAUUCUGCGGGGCCUCGGGGCUGGGCCCACCACACCUAUAGAAACCACAGCCACAUCGGCCUACUCAGACCAGAAGAACAAAACUUGGCUCCCAAUCUGACCCCUAGCCUUCCAUCCCUGAGACUUUUUCAUCAUUUUCCCAGUAUGGUUUCCUGGAGGCUCAGGGCUACUAUCCUUGCUGCUGGAUGCAGGCACUCUGGGUUUGCUUUUAAGGACAUCUCCCUCCACCCUCCAGCCUGGGGACACGACGAGGCUGAACCCUAAGCCUGUUUCACUUUACUGGGAUUUGGAAAUAGAAGCUG